CUCAGCUUCUAUUGUUCCUGGUGAGAGCAUUGAUGCAUAUGGAGUGGGAAAAGUUAUGGUGUCUAGCAGGGAUGACAUCAAGAAGGAUGACCUGGUUGCAGGGCUUCUUAGUUGGGGAGAAUACAGUUAUGUAAAAGAUGGCUCUCUGUUGAAUAAGUUGGAUCCGGUUAGCUUUCCAUUAUCCUACCAUGUUGGAAUUUUAGGGUUUAGUGGACUGACAGCCUAUGCGGGUUUUUUUGAUGUUUGCAAACCCCAGAAAGGGGAGAAGGUUUUUGUCUCUGCUGCCUCAGGAUCAGUUGGGAAUUUAGUUGGACAGUACGCUAAAUUAUUUGGAUGUUAUGUCGUUGGCUCUGCUGGCUCCCAACAAAAGGUCAUCCGUCGCCCUUAAAUUUAACGAACUUCUUAGCUUCAUCAUCAUUUUCAUUUACCCCAGUGACGCAAAGGCUCCCAUCUAUGCUGGGGUAAGGGGGGUCGUAUGUACGCAGUCUUACCCCUAUACUAAAGCAUAGAGAGACUGUUUCCGGAUGACCCACAGUGAAAAUCGCGUCCAAAAUUGCACCGUUGAGAUAAUUAGCUUACUCUAUAAUAAAUGCGCUGUUGAGAUGCUUGAGCAGGAUGUACCUCCUCACAGACACUAACUCAACAAAAGUGAAAUGGGUGCGUUCUAUUAAGCCACCUAGGCAGCAUGCUUCUUAUGGAGCACGCUAACAUGUUGCUUAUGGAACACGCUGAUAGGGACAUGGACAGCCAAUUCUAAUAAUAAUAAUAAUAAUAAGGGAAAACUGUCAAACAGGUCCUCGAACUUUCAUAAAAAAGUCAAUUAAGUCGUUCUAUAGAAGACUUUGUCCGGUCGUCGCGAUUUGGGGCGGUUCCCGGUUGAAUUUUUUUAUAAAUUUUUUUGAGCAUCUUAUUCAUCAAGUCUAGUUCACUCAUACCAAAUUUCAGCUAAAAAUUUAAUCGGGAGCGCAUUCAAAUUAAUUCGAGAACGCAAAAAUGCGCAUUUAUCUUCAAGAAUUAAUUUGAAUGUGUUCCCAGUUGAAAUUUUAGCUGAAAUUUGGUAUGAGUAAACUAGACUUGGUGAAUAAGAUGCUAAAAAAAUUCAUCAAAAAAUUCCACCGGGAACUGCCCCAAAUUGCGACGGCCGGACAGAACCUCAUAUAGAAGGAUUUAAUUGACCUUUUUAUGAAAGUUCGAGGACCUAUUUGACAAUUUUCCCUAAUAAUAAAAUUAUACUACGUACUAAGUAAUUUGAUAUUGUAUUAAUAAGGGUUCUGGGCCAGGCACUAGUUAGCUUUGGGCCAGCCCAUAAGGGAGUUAUAAUAAAUAGGAGGGGGAGUAAAAUAAGAAGGCAGGCAGAAAUUAAUCUGGGGGAGUGCUGAGACUACUCGAAGUGUCUCAAUUUAUGUAUUCCAGGUGAAGAUACUGAGAGAGAGGCUUGGUUUUGAUGAUGCAUUUAACUACAAACAAGAACCUGAUCUCAAUUCAGCUCUAAAAAGGUGUUUCCCAGAUGGAAUAGACAUAUAUUUUGACAAUGUGGGAGGGAGCAUGUUGGAAGCAGCAGUUGCCAACAUGAACUCACACGGGAGAGUCGCGGUCUGCGGUGUAAUCUCCGAGUACUCAGACCCCGCAAAGCGGGGCGCACCCAACAUGCUAGACGUGGUUUAUAAGAGGAUCAAGAUCCAAGGGUUCCUUGCUGCUGAUUUCAUCAUGAUGAAAUCAUAUAUAGAUUUCCAUGCCAAGACUAGAGAGUAUCUCGAGAAUGGGAAGAUUGAGGUGCUUGAAGAUAUUUCCCACGGCAUUGAGAGCAUUCCCAUGGCUUUCAUCGGAACUUUUCAUGGGGACAAUGUCGGAAAAAAGAUUGUUCAGAUUGCACCUGAGUAAGUCAAUGGAGUUGCUUCAAUUGUUCUUGAGAAGUGUGAUUUUAUUACUAACCAGUGAAGUCCAAUGAAAAAAAGGCUUUCAAUGGUUUAGCAGCCUUUAUAAAGAAUGGUUCAACUAAUAUUACAAUGCACUUCCUCAGUCAAAGCUUUUAUUAUUUUAUAACUUCAAGCUAUUGAGUUAUGAUCUAUAUAAUCCCCGUUUGUAUAACUUCCACACAGAUUAUUUACACAAAUGAACUUUUGUAAUUCGUUUUAUUCUCAAAGCAGAAAGCCAGCCAGAAUCAAAACUAAAAAUUGUAACUUGACACCAUUUAUAGCAAAGUCCACACAUGCAGUUGAAACUUGCAAGGACUUCUUAGAAAGUGGUUUUAGUUGGGGAGGCAACGAGGCAUCCUGCCCCCCCCCCCCCUCAAGUUUGAAAAAAACGUAAUAUUUUUUAUGUAAAAUAUUAUAUGAAAACAAUCUGUAUAGUCUCAAUUCAAGUUCAACAUUUUGUUCUGCCCACACCCUUAGAAAAAUAAUUGAAUUGGUAUGACCUGUGCAAGAGGAAAGUGCAAAUUUUAUCUUACAGAUGGUUGUAAAGUACGUACGGUACAGUCGGGCUUUUAGUUUGGAGAUCGCAAAUCGCUAGCUUCCAUCACUAUUCGCCAUUCGUUCUUGCUGCUGGUCCUUCGCUUGCCGCUGUACACAGAAGAUCACUUGCCACUCGCAAUCCUCCAGCACGAAAGCAUCACAUCAAACUCCAGCUUACGCAGUUUUGGUUAGUGAGUUUGGUCACUUGUUGGUCGCAGGUUAGGAGAAACCUAAAUUAUACGUAGUUCUACAUAUAUGAGCAUACACAAAUGAAAUUAUGAGCAUAAUAGGCAUUUGGAAUGAGCUUUUUGAAUUUCUUCAAUGCUCAUUUCGUGAAUUAUGUAUGCUCAUUUAGUAUUGGUGUAAUACUUAUUUUUAAAUGUCAUGUUCAUGUAUAUUUCAAAAGUAUAAUUUAUAUUAAAUUCACAUAUUGGA